UGCUCGUGCACAGACCAGACACACACACACACAGCUGAACACACCUAUAUAAAACAUAAUCGAUCAAUAUUAUAUCGCUGCUGUUACCGGAUCUAUCAGCUCACAGAGGAAUAAAUCACAUCGGAUCAUUUUAACCGAUUCUUGCUCGGAUUGAACAGAUCUAAAUGUGUGAAAUGGAGCCUCUUUUAUCUGGAUACAGAAACACAUUAAAGCGUCAGGUGGCGUUCGAGAUGUUUGAAGACCCCAUGUCUCUGUUCUUGGGGUUUUAUCCUGUGCAAGAAGAGGAGCUGCCCGCGCAAGAGGUCCCAUCCGGUCUAGACUGUUUCUCACAGGAUGUGGCGGUGUGUUCGGUGCCUCUGUUGACGCCCUGCAGUAAAGCGGUGAUGAGUCAGGCGCUGAAGGACAGUUUUAAUGGCUUCUCUAAAGUCCAGCGCAUCUGUGGCAUCUCAAACAAUCCGUGUAAAUGGUCGAAGCAGCAGGUUUUGCAGUGGUUGUACUGGGCGUCGGGUGAAUUCAGUCUUACCAACAUCAACUUCUUUAAGUUUGACAUGAGUGGACAGGAGCUGUGUGACCUGGGAAAAGAGCGAUUCCUGGAUCUGGCUCCUGAUUUCGUGGGUGAUAUUCUAUGGGAGCAUCUGGAGCAGAUGAUGAGAGCUUGUCAAGACGAUGAAGAGGCGAAGAUCUCGAGUCGCCCGACUAGAGUCAGCUGGACGAGCAGCAGCUGUAACGGUGUGAGUUUGGAGGAAUGUUCUCUGAAGGUUCCUGACAGCUGCAGCAGUCUCCUGCGAGAGCUGUUUGAGAUGGAUGAAUCCGUCCUGAUGUCGUCUGGUCAGGAGAUCUCCAUGUAUCCCAAACCUGAACUGAGCACCGUCAGUGUCAGCUACAUCACACGAGAGUUAACCAGCGCUAAAGCUGCUCCACACCUCACUACAGCAGUGUCCUCACGUGUGCAGACGUCAGUGGAGAGCGUGGAGAACAUCGAGGGUUCCGAGAGCGUUCUGCGUUCGUGGGGAAGUCAUUCCUCCCUCGCCGACGCUCAGCGUGUCCCGUCCUACGACAGCUUUGAAGAGGAGAUCACUGUCAAUCCACUGAGUCUCGGCAAACAGGGUCUGUCCUUUAAAGAUUACGUUCAGGAGAGGAACGAGCCGCUGGAACACGGCAAACCCGUCAUACCUGCAGCGGUGCUCGCGGGAUUCACUGGAAGUGGGCCGAUUCAGCUGUGGCAGUUUCUCCUGGAGCUGUUGACUGAUUCCACCUGUCAGAACAUCAUCAGCUGGACGGGCGACGGAUGGGAGUUCAAACUCACCGACCCCGAUGAGGUGGCGCGUCGCUGGGGAAAGAGAAAGAACAAGCCCAAAAUGAACUACGAGAAGCUGAGUCGAGGACUGCGCUAUUACUACGAUAAAAACAUCAUCCACAAGACGUCCGGCAAACGCUACGUGUAUCGAUUUGUCUGCGACCUGCAGAACCUGCUGGGAUACACGGUGGAGGAGCUGCACAGCAUACUGGGAGUUCAGCCCGACACGGAGGAUUGAGGCGUUCCAGGGGACGUUCAGGACCCUCUCGUGUCACCGUCUACAUCUUGUGUUUGUGGUGAACACACGAUGACAUCACUGCGUGGAGCAUGUGUUCCUCAUUGAAGAGCUGCUUGUGACUGUGUUGGGUCAACACGAUGACCGACGUUACAGACCGUUUGAGCAGAAGAACAGAUUUCUGCUUCUGAAUUUGACACUGUUCACUGAACGUGAUCUUUCAUGUACUAAUGUUGAUUAACUCGCUGGCAGCAGAUUGUCUUAAAGUGAUUGGAAAUGGAAGAGAUGUUUUAUGAUAUAUCACUGUUAACAUGGAGUUCAUUAAUGCCUUCAGAGAUUUUCUGACCGCUUUGACGUGUUAACCGCGAGAGAAAUCAGAUGCAGCGCUUAAAACAUUCGCUCAGUGUUGAUGGAUGUCUGGUUGAACUUUAAAACUGCAUGUCUGAUUAUGUUUGUUGAUUUCAAACUGGAUUUUCAACAAACCGACCGUUUGUAAUGAUGCCUGUGUUGCCUUUCAAUGGACAGCUUUAUUAAAAACAUAUCUCUGAACACAACACAGAAUUUGACCCCGUUCAGACUCUGCAUCUGUUCCUAUGGACAUCACUUUUCUGCGCUUUUGAAAGGUUUUUGUCUUUUUGGCGUCACCUGAAUCACAACGAGUUAUAGAUGCUGCGAAGUGAAACUAUGAGUGUCAUUUCACACAUUGUUACUUUUUGAACAAAAUAUCUUUCUUUGAAAUAAAGAAUGAUCAUAAUUUAUUUUGUUGUCCUUGGAACAUAAUUGGGGUCUGAAGAGGUUACUUUUACUUGCCGACUUUGUUUUUGUUAUAACUGUAUAUUUUGUGUCAUAAAUGUAAAUAUGAUGUAUAUUUAUUUGAGUUUUAUGAAUCUAGCAGCUCAUUGUUUUUGCUCAGGUCAAAGCGACGUGGAGAUUAUCUGUAUAUUUGUGUUUAUUUCGCGGUUACCAAAGUUCUGAGGCGUCUCACCGCGGUAAACUCUCAACAUGUGAGGAACUUUGAAGCUUCUUAUGGAAAUGUAUUAACAUGAACCUGCUUUAAUGUGUAAAUGUGAAUUAUUAUUUUGUUUCUCACUCAAAUGAAUGUCCAGUGCUGGUUAUUCCGGCACGUGUGAUACUGCAGGGCGACUUUCACUUUUAAAAUCACUGUUUUAUUUUACACGUAACAUCUGUAUUCUUAAACUGAUCAGAUGUGUUUGAUUGAUCAGUCUAAUUACAGGAUUACAUUCUCUUUUUAUCCCUACUAUUCACACAGAAAUCGUGAUCGUUGAUUAUAUUUGUACGUGCUGUCUUUUGUGUUGCACAAUAUUUUUUUAUAAGAUUUAUAUAUAUAUAUAUAUAUAGAAUAUAAACCUUUAUUAGCUGAACUAAUUAGGUACAGUUGACACAGUGACUGAACAGAAUGAUUUGAAUCUUGAUCAGAUCAGUGUGUUUCAGAAGUUCCUGCUUUGAUUCAUGACAGUCUGUUCAGACAUGCAUAUUUAUGUAAUUUACACACACAUGUAUGCAGUGUGUUUACAAUGAGCAGUUUAAUGUGUCAUUGUGAAAAGAAAUAAAUUCCUUUGAAAUGA